UGGGUCUGCCGGGGCUGUCAGGGCUUAGCGAUGCGGUACCCUGUCCUGUUGAGUGUGGCUCGGUGUCUUUGGGCCCGCCCAGCUGUCGCCCCGGCCCGCCGGCACCUCAGCUGCCGUAGCCCACCGCUGGAGGAGCUGUUCUCCCGCGGCGGGCCCUUGCGGUCCUUCCUGGAGCGCCAGGCAGCGUCCGAAUCCCAGUUGCAGGUCAGGGGGCCUGAGCUGGUGGCCGUAGCCAAACGGUUGAGCGAGAAGGAGCAGGAGCUGCAGGAGACCGAGGACUUGCUGCACGAUGAAAAUGAAGACUUACGGAAACUUGCAGAAAAUGAAAUCAUUUCGUGUCAAAAGGAAAUAGCUCAAUUAAAGCAUCAGAUUAUCUUACUUUUGGUUCCCGCAGAAGAAACAGAUGAAAAUGAUCUGAUCCUGGAGGUUACUGCGGGAGUUGGGGGUCAGGAGGCCAUGCUGUUUACUUCGGAGAUGUUUGAUAUGUAUCAGCAAUAUGCUGCAUUUAAAAGAUGGCAUUUUGAAACCCUGGAAUAUUUUCCAAGUGAAAUAGGUGGGCUCAGACAUGCGUCUGCCAGCAUCGGGGGCUCAGAAGCCUACAGGCACUUGAAGUUCGAGGGAGGUGUGCACAGGGUGCAGAGAGUGCCGAAGACGGAGAAGCAAGGCCGCAUCCACACCAGCACCAUGACCGUGGCAAUCCUCCCCCAGCCCACCGAGAUUAAUCUAGUGAUUAACCCUAAAGAACUGAGAAUUGAUACUAAGCGAGCCAGUGGAGCCGGGGGGCAGCAUGUGAAUACCACCGACAGUGCUGUCCGAAUAGUUCAUCUUCCAACAGGUGUUGUUUCCGAGUGCCAACAAGAACGGUCGCAACUGAAAAACAAGGAGACGGCCAUGAAGAAGCUACGCGCAAAGCUGUACAGCGCGCGUCUAGAAGAAGAGACAAACAAAAGAUACAAUGCUAGAAAGAUUCAGGUUGGAAGUAAAGGACGGUCAGAAAAAAUAAGAACAUAUAAUUUUCCACAGAACCGGGUCACAGAUCACAGAAUAAACAAGUCACUUCAUGAUCUUGAAACUUUUAUGCAAGGAGAAUAUCUACUGGAUGAACUUGUACAGUCACUGAAAGACUAUGCUGAUUAUGAAUCUUUAAUAGAAAUUAUUUCCAAAAAACUUUAAAUUAUUAUUACAGACUUUUACAACUUAUGAAAAUUCUACUAUAGCAAAUCAGCGUAUAAAUCAUCACCAGUAUUGGCUUGAAAAACACGAGUGAACACAGUUGGAAGUAAGCAUAUUUUAAGACAGUUUAUAUAAAUCAUGUCUCAAUGAUGUAUUAGUAAAAAAUAUACCUACAGUAUAA